GCCAGCUCUCCCUCUCCACUUCCUGUUUCCUGUUUCCUCAAACAGCCGAAGAAGAAGAGAGAAGCUGCUCAUGCUAGCUGCUAGCUGCUCAUGCUGAGGCUCAGAGACUCUUUCAGACAUUUAAACAUGAACAAACUGAACAAAGCUCCAGAGUUUGACUCUUAUGAGAUCGAGGAGCCGAGUGAUGAGGAGCGAGCUGAGAGCAGCUCUGAGGAUGAGCUGGACGUGCUGCUGAACGGGACCCCGGAGCAGAAGAAGAAGCUGAUCAGAGAGUACCUGACCGGGGAGAGCGAGUCCUCCAGCGGGGAUGAGUUCGAGAAGGAGAUGGAGGCCGAGCUCAGCACCACCAUCAAGACCAUGGAGGGAACCUGGGGACCUUCAUCGACAGCAGAAAACCCAGGGGACCAGGUCGGCGGAGGAGGAGGAGGCAGCGGUGGAGCUCCUGCUCUCCCUAACACCCGGACGUACGAUGAGGUUUACUUUGACUCUGACUCAGAAGAGGAGAACACACCAAGCAGCUCUACAGGCCGGAAGCGGAGACAGAGGACGAUACUGACCAAUGACGAGCUGCUGUACGACCCCGAUGAGGAUGACAGGGACCAGGCGUGGGUGGACGCUCGGAGGAGAGGGUAUAGCAGGAAACGACCAGGCGCAGCGCCUCGGUCGCAGCCUCAGGGUUUACCCCGCAGUGACGCCAUUCUCAACUGUCCCGCCUGCAUGACGACGCUCUGCCUGGACUGUCAGAGGCACGACAAGUACCGCACGCAGUAUCGAGCCAUGUUCGUCAUGAACUGCACGGUGAAGAAAGACGAGGCGCUGCGCUACAAGAACGAGCCGGAGAGGAAGCCGAAGAACAGGAAGAGGAGGCGGGGACAGAAAACAGAGACGCCGCCUGACGAGAGAGCGGACCCCAGGCCGGCGGGGAUGGCCGACGACGAGGUUUAUCACCCGGUUCAGUGCUCCGAGUGCACCACAGAGGUCGCUGUGUUCGAUAAAGAAGAGGUGUAUCACUUCUUCAACAUCCUGGCCAGCCACUGCUGACACACUCCAACACAGACAUGGUUUUAUUUUUGAUUUCUUACAGGAGGAUCUCUGAUUUUUUUAAACACUGAGAAUCCAGCUGUGGUCGCUCUGAGUGCGUUCAUCAAUCAGCUCAUGAACUCUGAGAUAUGACCGAACAGAUGAUCCUGAAGAGGGGAGGAAGUCCUGCACGGCGUCUCCUCUUUCUGAGACAUUUUAAAAACAUCUUACAAAAAGCUGAAGACGCUCCUGUGGUCGUCAGUGCUGCUGUUGGACUGCAAACGUUGAAGCUUAAAGCUCACGUUCAUAUGAGCAUUUGAGGAUGAUUAAAGUUGGAUGAAGAUAUUCUUGUUGAUACCUAAUCUAGCAUUUAUGAUCAGUGUAUUAACCUGGAAUAAACUCUUAAUGUUAUGCUUUGUAAGCAGCUUUAAGUGUUUAUGAAAGUGUUUAUCUACUAACUCCUCCUGUGGGCAGCAUAGACUGUUUAAAUAAACAAGUGCCAUAUGUCAGCGCCAA